AAAACUUUAACCACGGUUCGAACAACCAACCUUGGUUACUUCAGUUGAGCUCUGUCUCAACUUCAGCUUCUAUUGUGAGUUGAACUUGAGCACUUUCCAACUGGUUUUUUAAGGGAAAAUAAAAGGAAAGGGAGAGUUUUAUUUUCAUUUUGUUUUUCUCUCUCUUUCUUGUUUGCUAUUAUUAUUUUUGGAUUUCGAUUCAGAUAACAGUUUUGCACUUAUAGAAGUUAAAGAUUCUUCAGAUCUAUGAAAUUUUCGAUGAUUUUUUUUCAUGGGUUUUCGUUUACUUUUUUUUUUUUUUAAACUGUAAUGUAAUUGUAGUUCUUUGAUUUUUGAAGAUGAUCGUUGAAAAGAACCCAUCUUCUCCCUUCAUUUUCACCCCAAAAAAUCUCUUUUUUUUCUCUCGAGAGAAUUCGAGUUCCUUUUCACUCUCUUUCAAUUCGGUUCCUGAAAGAGAUGUGAAAGCCUUUGAAGAAAAAGCUUGCUCUUUUUCUUUUUCCACUAUGUGUCUUAUUUAAAAUCUUCAGAUCUGGUCUCAUUCUUGUUGAUUUUAUCAGGAUCUCUGCCUUUCCAAGUAGUAAAGUCUUGGUUUUUUUUCUUUCUUUUCCUUGGUUUUCUCGGGAAAAAGGAAAAAAAGAAAACUGUGUAUGUUCUGGGGAAAUAGAAAAACAUUAAAGAUGAAUUAUUUCCCGGAUGAAGUUUUAGAGCACGUGUUUGAUUUCAUUUCAUCUCACAAAGACCGGAAUUCAGUGUCUUUAGUUUGCAAAUCAUGGUACAAAAUCGAAAGAUAUAGCAGGCAGAGGGUUUUCAUUGGAAACUGUUAUUCCAUCAGUCCAGAGAGGUUGAUAGCUAGAUUUCCAGGUUUGAAGUCACUGACUUUGAAAGGGAUGCCGCAUUUUGCUGACUUUAAUUUGGUGCCACAUGAUUGGGGAGGUUUUGUUUAUCCUUGGAUCAAAGCCUUGGCUAAGAGUAGAAUUGGAUUGGAAGAGCUUAGACUUAAGAGGAUGGUGGUGUCAGAUGAGAGCCUUGAGCUACUUUCGAAGUCCUUCCUGAAUUUUAAGUCUUUGGUUCUUGUUAGCUGUGAAGGCUUCACUACAGAUGGUCUUGCUGCUAUUGCUGCCAAUUGUAGGUUUCUUAGGGAGCUGGAUUUGCAAGAAAAUGAAGUUGACGAUCAUAGAGGCCAUUGGCUUAGUAGCUUUCCUGAAAGCUGUACAUCUCUUGUCUCCCUGAAUUUUGCAUGCCUCAAAGGAGAAAUAAACUUAGGAGCUAUUGAAAGGCUUGUGGCUAGAUCUCCCAACCUCAAGAGUUUGAGGCUAAACCGUGCUGUUCCUUUUGAUACCCUUCAAAAACUAUUGAUGCAAGCACCUCAACUGGUGGACUUGGGUACUGGGAAUUUUGUACAUGAUCCAUCUUCUGAGGCCUAUAACAAAUUGAAAUCUGCCAUUCAAAGGUGCAAAUCAAUCAGGAGUUUAUCAGGGUUUUUGGAAGUUGCUCCUCAUUGCAUGUCAGCUAUUUAUCCAAUUUGUGCAAACCUGACCUUCUUGAACUUGAGCUAUGCUCCAGGCCUUCAUGGUAAUGACCUCACAAAGUUGAUUCAGCACUGCAGGAAACUUCAGCGUCUAUGGAUACUGGAUUGUAUUGGAGAUAAAGGACUAGGAGUUGUGGCUUCAACAUGUAAAGAACUGCAGGAAUUGAGGGUUUUUCCAUCUGAUCUUAUCGGGGCUGGAAAUGCUGCUGUGACAGAGGAAGGUUUGGUCCAUAUAUCUGCAGGCUGUCCUAAACUCAAUUCAUUGUUGUACUUCUGUCAGCAGAUGACCAAUGCUGCCCUCAUAACUGUAGCAAAGAACUGCCCGAAUUUUAUCCGCUUCAGAUUGUGCAUCCUUGACCCCCAAAAACCUGAUCCUGUGACCAAUCAGGCAUUGGAUGAGGGUUUUGGUGCGAUUGUUCAGUCUUGCAAGGGUCUCAAGCGGUUAUCACUUUCUGGCCUUCUGACUGAUCAGGUUUUUCUUUACAUAGGAAUGUAUGCUGAGCAGCUUGAAAUGUUGUCCAUUGCUUUUGCUGGUGACAGUGACAAAGGAAUGCUUUAUGUGUUGAAUGGUUGCAAGAAACUUCGCAAGCUAGAGAUCAGGGACUGCCCCUUUGGUAAUGAAGCACUUCUAGAGGACGUGGGAAAGUAUGAAACAAUGCGAUCCCUUUGGAUGUCCUCCUGCGAAGUUACCCUUGGAGGCUGCAAGACUCUUGCAGAGAAGAUGCCAAGCUUGAGCGUGGAGAUCAUAAAUGAGAUCGAACAGAUGGAAUUUAGCCUUGAUGAUAUGCAGAAGGUAGAAAAGAUGUAUCUAUAUCGAACAUUGGUUGGGCAUAGGAAAGAUGCACCAGAAUUUGUAUGGAUUUUGUAGGUGCAUUAUUUUGGCUCUGCCAUGUAUUUUCUGCUUAUUUAAGUAGUUGUACUUUGUUAGGACAGCUGAUUUUUAUGGAUUCUUAGCUUCUUGGUGAUUUAGCUGUAUGCUACUGUUGUUUAAUUUACAAGAGAUUUCCUAUCUGUAAUCCUUGUUAUCAUAAAUAGAUCUGUUCUAGUAUUUGCCAGGAUCAACCAAUGUGAAAUUUGUCAUUAUUUCCAACAACGAAUUUGGGUUUCAUUUGG